CUCUGGUCAUCCCCUGCACUGUGUCCGCAGUCUCUGGUCAUCUCCUGCACUGUGUCCGCAGUCUCUGACCAUCUCCUGUACUGUGUCCGCAGUCUCUGGUCCAUCUCCUGUACUGUGUCCGCAGUCUCUGGUCAUCUCCUGCACUGUGUCCGCAGUCUCUGGUCAUCCCCUGCACUGUGUCCGCAGUCUCUGGUCAUCCCCUGCACUGUGUCCGCAGUCUCUGGUCAUCCCCUGCACUGUGUCCGCAGUCUCUGGUCAUCCCCUGUACUGUGUCCGCAGUCUCUGGUCAUCCCCUGUACUGUGUCCACAGUCUCUGGUCAUCUCCUGUACUGUGUCCGAAGU